AUGCCUCCUCGAGUUCUUUGUGUUGCUGAGAAACCAUCCAUUGCAAAGUCUAUCACUCAAAUACUGUCCGGAGGACAGUUCAACACGCGGCAAACUGCCUGCCCAUAUAUCAAGAACUAUGAUUUCCCCUACCCCCAGACGAAUUCCUUCUUCACGGUCACCGCGGUAACCGGGCAUCUGCUAGAUUACGACUUCAAUUACAUGCAUGCCAAAUGGACAUCUUGUGAUCCGUUUACACUCUUUGAUGCACCGGUCGAAACUUCAGUCAAGAAGGACUCCAAACCUAUUGCCCAGAAUUUGUCCAAUGAAGCAAAGAAUGCACAAGUCAUAAUGAUAUGGACAGAUUGCGACAGAGAAGGUGAGAACAUCGGGGCGGAGAUUGCGGAUGUGUGCAGAAAAGUGAGACGCAACAUCAAUGUCAACCGGGCUCGAUUCAGUGCCAUUAUUCCCCAGCAAAUACACCAUGCAGCCCAACACCCUGUUCCAUUGGAUAUGGCACAAGCAAAUGCAGUGGAAGCGCGCAUUCUGCUCGAUUUGAGGAUUGGAUCCGCUUUCACGCGUCUGCAGACGUUGAGCUUGCAAAAUCGUUUCGAGGAUCUCAAGGAUGUUAUCUCUUAUGGGCCCUGUCAGUUUCCAACACUUGGUUUCGUAGUUUCGCGCUACAACCAGGUCAAAGCCUUCGUCCCAGAGUCCUUCUGGUAUAUAUUCUUGUCUGUUAGGCGCGAAUCUUCAGAUGGCUCAGAAGACGAAACGAUCUUCUCUUGGAGACGAGGCCACAUCCUUGAAUUUGACCUUGCUCUGUCACUAUAUGAGGAUGUACUCGAGGCACCCACAGCUCGUGUGAUGAGGGUGACCACCAAGGACACGAAGAAAUGGAAACCCCUUCCGUUGACAACCGUGGACCUACAGAAGGCCGGCUCCAGGCUGCUAAAGAUAUCUCCCAAGAAAGUUCUAGAUAUUGCAGAGCGCUUAUAUCAACAAGGCUUCCUGUCAUAUCCCCGCACCGAAACAGACCAGUUUGACCCACAGUUCGACUUUAUGACCCUCAUCGGGAAGCAAACAGUAGAUCCUGCUUGGGGUCAAUUCGCCACCUCUCUUCAAAAUGGAGGCUUCGGUCAGCCGCGACGGGGGAAGAAAGACGACAAGGCGCACCCACCUAUUCACCCCACUGCGCACGUGGCGAAUCUUGCCGGAGACGAGAAGAAAGUCUACGAAUACAUCACACGGCGAUUCUUGGCUUGUUGUUCCAAAGACGCGUUGGGCUGGGAAAUCACCGUGGAUGUCGGCUACGGCGGCGAAGAGUUCUACGCAAGUGGUCUUACGGUACUGGAACGGAAUUACCUGGACGUUUACCCGUACGAUAAGUGGGUAGACAAAGAGCUUCCCCAAUUCCAACAAGGCGAAAUGUUUAUGCCAGCCGUCUGUGAGCUGAGGGAGGGACAAACUACGAAGCCUGCCUUGCUCACCGAGGCUGAUCUGGUUACCAUGAUGGACAAAAACGGAAUUGGCACGGAUGCUACAAUCGCGCAGCAUAUACAGACAAUCAUCGACCGCAACUACGUAGUUGAGCGUAUGCAAGGCGCUACGAAGUAUCUAGUUCCGUCGAAGUUAGGUAUCGGGCUAGUCGAAGGCUAUAAUGCGAUUGGCUUCGACAGAAGUCUCAGCAAGCCUCAAUUGCGACGCGAGACUGAACGGCGGAUGGUGGAGAUCUGUGAAGGCAACAGUACCAAGAACGACAUGCUGACCGUGAGCAUCGAGCAGUACAAGGAAAUGUUUAUGAAGACCAAGAUCGAGUUUGACAAGAUUGUCAAUUGCGUAGGAAAUCGGCUGCAAGGUAACGGUGAUGUCCCCGAAGUAGAUGACGACGUGGACAGAGGGGAUGACGAGGGCGGAGGAGGAGGAGGUCGUGGUGGUAGGGGGGGGCGUGCGCGAGGAGGGCGUGGCGGAAGAGGCGGUAGGGGUGGAAGAGGGGGUCCACAAGGUGGUGCGCGCACAGGUAACGCUGGUAGAAGAGGAGACAGUGAUUCCGACGAUGACGACGGGAGUGCGAAUGGAGGUAGGCCACGGACAAGAGGGACCCGAGCACGGGGACGUGCUCGUGCACCUACAGCGGCACCUCGCGCAGCUCGAAGAGGCAGGGGAGGUGCUGCUCCUGAACCAAUUGUCAUUGACGAUGAUGAUGAUGAGUUAUACUGGCAGGAGGAUCCGCCUCCCCCACCUCUUCCGCCCCAGCGCCCUGCAGUCCCCAAGAGGGUAAUUGCACCUGCUCCCUCGUCUUCCGCAGGACCCAAAUGCGACUGUGGAGUCACCGCUGGCGAACGAAUCGUGGUCAAGGAAACAGUGAACAAGGGGAGGCGUUUCUGGACGUGUGGGAAUAAUGCGAGCUGUCAAUUCUUCGAAUGGGUUGAUGGACCGUCCUCAGCUACAGGUGCUGCUUCAGGUUCCAAGUCGAUCCCGGCCAAGAGAAGUGUAUCUGAUCGUGGUGGAUCAUCACGGCUCUGCCAAUGUGAUAGAGCCGCGGUUCUGAAGGAGACGACGAAAGGAGUGAAUAAAGGUAAGAAAUAUUGGACUUGCCCCAACGCUUCGGAAGCUACGAAAUGCAAAUUCUUUGAGUGGGCCGACGAAAACGUUGAUCAACCGAUGGGUGGAAACGCCCUGGGUCCCGGUCGGAGUGUUUCAGGGUCUGGAGAAUGCUUCAAAUGCGGACAGGAGGGUCACUGGGCAAGUGCCUGUCCAAAUGAUGGUCCUGCGACCAAAAGGUCCAAGAGCUUUGGCAAUAAUGCAGAUGGUGGGAACAGGCCCUCCAACUCGAAUGCGUGCUAUAAUUGCGGGGAAGAGGGCCAUUUCGCCAGCGCAUGUCCCAAAGGUCGGAACAACAUUUCGGCCAAGGGAACUGGGAAUGCCUGCUAUAUCUGUGGGCAGGACGGUCACUACAGUAGCGCAUGUCCCAGUAAAUCCCAGACCAACAACCGUGAUUUUAAUGACGGGAUAACAUGUUUCCAGUGCAAGCAGGCCGGCCACUACAGUAACGCGUGUCCAAACGAGCGCGGAUCAGUCAGUAGAUCGUCGUCAUCAACAAGAGGAACUAAGAAAGGACGGGGAGGGAGUCGGCGGAGUUCAACCGUCACCAAGGCGAGCGGACGAGGUAGCAAGAAGAAGUCAUACGUUGCUGCGGCAGAUGAAUUUUGA